UCACACGCGGUUUUCUCAAACGAGUUAUUACCUCUGUACUGGACUAACUUACACAGCUGUUUGGAAAUUUACCUGUUUACGAAUAACUGUCAUUCCACGUGUGUUGUAUAUUUAUCGUACAUAACAGAAAAAUGAAGAUGGUACAAUUUAACAGUAUCAAGAAGAGCAAGCGCUCAUCAACCCAGACCAUUGCCCGUAAGCAUCUCAAGCUUCAUCUCAAGCGUGUGAGAGACCGAGAGUAUGCCAGACUCCGAGACAUGGUACCUUCCAUCGCAAGCAAAAACAAAGUUUCAAAGGUAACUGUGAUUGAAGAAGCGGUCAAGUACAUUGACGAACUCCAUCGAGCUCUUAUCGAGCGAUUGAACAGCAAAGGACUUCAAGAUGGUGUGAUCAACGAAGCAAAUGUCAAAGAGUUUGUCCACAACAUGAUGCCACAGACGUUUUUCAAGAAAGACGAAAGUGCAAGCUGUUUUGAAAAGCAACAAAAAGUGCCAACCUUCUUGUUACAACGAAGAGGGCCAAAGUCUUUAUAGAUUGGUUUCAAGCGCCCGUCCAACUCUGAUGUGAUAGCCAUGUUAAAUCUGUGAUAUACACUAUAUAAACUCCUCAAACAUAUAACACGAGAUUUGUGAUAUAUUGGACUGCUUCUUAAACCCACCAUUGUGUUCAUUCAUUACAACGACCGGAAGUGACGUCAGCAAACCGAUCUACUGUCAGACUUGUCGCCAUUACAACGAUCGAAACUGACAUCACCAACAUGAGAGACAAUCUAUUGAAAAAUUUGCUUUUUUAUAAUACGUCGACCGGAUGUGACACCGCCAUAACUGCUCAAUUUAAUGUAUUGCAACGAUUGGAAAUGACGUCAACAACGACAGCUAUUAGCUGGAAUGAACCUGAAAUUGACACUUCUGUAAACAAUUUCGUUGAAGACUUGCCGUCAAAGUUGAAAAGAUUUGACAUUCCCAGCACGCAACACUGGCCUCGUUCUGGUCCCAAGAAAGACGUUACAUUAAUUCCAAGUUUACCAGAUACCUUUCCAGCCACUGAUGACGUAUCGUGAGGUCACAGCAACUGAAUAUCGGUGUUAAAGAAGAGAAGUGACUUUUUGUCGUGUGAUUCCACAAAUCUCGCGUGAAACGUUAAAAGUGUCAUGUGACUUGAUGGAUUUGAAUACAUCAAUGUGUCAGUUUUUCCGAUGAAUUUCGAAGAAAAUAAUAGAACGGAGAAAGUGGGAAAAUUUUAAUACAGCAGAAAUGUUUGUUCCUUUGUGAUUUGAAAUAAAAGAUACUUUGAGUAUUAUAAAUACCAAAGACUUUUAAUCAUGAACUAGUCCCAACUGUCGCGUGUUGACUUUGACAUUAAAUGUCGCGUGCUGAACUCUUGACGUCCUUUGAAGUUGGUUAAGAGAUGUAAAAGAGAAGAAAUAGAGAUUUACAUGUGACCAGCAUUCCAGUUAUAGUGCCAAGCGCUUACUUUAUACGUACAAAUGUAUUCGUAAUAUUUAUUUAAAAUGUAUAAAUCAUUAAAAAAAGCGAGAGCGAAAAAACCUACAAAUAAAAAUUAUCAA